AUGUCAGAUCAAACCAUCCCCACAAAUCUCUCCUCAAACAUUAAUGAAUAUUUAGGCAUCUUUCCCCAUCCUGAUGGCACAGUCACUAGAAAACCAAGCACCUUAUUCCCGAAUACCAUGGCCAUAGAAGACCUUAACCAUCCCACCCUAGUUCUCUCCAAGGACAUCCCCAUCAACCAAUCGAACAACACUUGGGCUCGCAUAUUUUUGCCUCGUAAAGCACUUGAACGUUCCUCCUCAACCAACAAACUGCCUGUCAUUGUAUUCUUCCAUGGAGGAGGGUUUGUUGCGUUCAGUCCAGCUACAAGUAUUUUUCAUGAUUUUUGCACAAACAUGGCUAUGCAACUCCUUGCCAUUGUAGUAUCCGUCGAGUACCGUCUUGCCCCGGAGCACCGGCUACCGGCAGCAUAUGAUGAUGCUGUGGAAGCGUUGCACUGGAUCAAAAUGAAAGAAGAAGUUUGGUUGAAGCACUAUGCUGAUUAUUCAAGUUGUUUUGUUAUGGGCAGUAGUGCUGGUGGCAACAUAGCUUACCAUACAUGUUUGCGUGUAGCCGAGAGUAUAAAUGAUCUUGAGCCCUUGAAAAUCAAAGGGCUGAUAUUGCAUCAACCAUUUUUUGGUGGGACCCAAAGGACAGAGUCGGAAUUAAAGUUGGAGAACGAUCUUGCUUUGCCAUCCAAUGUUGUUGACGCAGCGUGGGACAUGUCAUUGCCUAUCGGUGUUGACCGUGAUCAUGAGUAUUCCAAUCCGACGGUCGGGGUUGCAUCAACUUUAUUGGAUCAUUUCAAGUUUAUGGGGUUGAGGAUGUUGGUGACCGGAUGGGAUGGAGACCCACUUUUUGACCGUCAGAUUGGGUUUGUCAAGUUGAUAGAAAAAAAGGGUAUCCUAGUGGAGGGCAUUUUCGGUGAAGGAGGUUAUCAUGGUGUGGAAAUGAUGGAACCUCCCAAACUUAGUGCAUUUGUCGAGGCUAUGGAGAAAUUUCUUAGACCUACAUGA